CUCCGAGUCCCCAAUCCUGAAGGCACCCCGCCGCCGCCGCCGGCCAUCCCCCGCCGCAACCCUACCAAUUCCAGCCGUCAUCCCGUCGGAGAACCGCAGCCAGCGCUCGCGGCGGACGGUCGGCAUGGAGGAGCCGAUGUCGAGGCUCACCCACGACCUAAUCGCAGAGAUCCUCUCUCGCGUGCCCUACAAAUCGCUCUGCAUCUGCAAGUGCGUCUGCCCGACAUGGCGCGGCAUCAUCGCCGACCCCGCCAACCGGAAGAAGAUGGCGCAGACCCUGGCCGGAUUCUUCUACCGCAUCACGGCCGACUCCGCCGACCCCCGCGGCUUCGUCGUCAACUACGCCGACCUGUCCGCCUUCCCUUGGGCGAGCGUCGCCGAGACCUACCCGCUCCUGCCGCUGCCGUCCGACAGCACGGACUGCUUCGUCUCCCUCGAGGAUUCAUGCGAUGGAUUGUUUCUCACAAGCAUCCGCACGGGCACCCCUGCUGCUGCUGGAACAUCUCGCUACAUGGUCUCCAAUCCAGCUACCGGUGAGUAUAUUGUGCUGCCUCACUCUGGCUACGCCGGCGACUGCUGUCGCGCUUACCUGGGUUUUGACAGUGGCGUGUCCAUUCAAGAGUUUCAUCUGUUCGAAUUUAUGCUGGAACAAUCCCAAUCCCUGGUUGUGAGAGGAGUGAACAUUUACUCCUCAAAAUCUGGUGUGUGGGUAUCAAUGAAAAGCCAAUGGGACAGCGAAGUUAGCCUGUGCUGGAGUCAACCAGGCGUUUUCCACAAGGGGUGUCUGCACUUGCUCAUACAUCAGCGUGGGCUGGCAAUAGUUGAUGCACAAGGGCUAAGAUGGAGAAUCAUUCCACUGCCAAUAUCAGUUGAUCCGAGUUUCGCGGGUUUCAUCGGAAAGUCCGCAGGACAGCUAUUUUAUAUUGACUCCGACGAUACUGAAGGACAUGAUGCAAACUCAUUUUCGACUAUAUCAGUUUACGUUCUUGGUGCUGACAUCUAUCAGUGGGAUGGGACUCACCUGGAUGACAAAUGCAUGCACUGGAAAUUGUUGCGCAAGCUUUCAAAUGUAGCUCCAAAUGUGUUGUUUCAGCUCGGCUUCGACCUUGAAGUCAUUGGAGUACAUCCACAUGCCAACAUAAUCUUCUUUAUAGCUCAUUGGAACAAUGAACUGAUUGCAUACGAUCUGGAUCGUCAUGAGAGCACAGUUGUAUAUUGCGUCGAGCCUAACUACCAGAAGUUUAGGCCUUUUUUCUCUUAUGUGCCCUUGUUUUCCCGCCUACCACUGGAUGGAGGAAUGCGGUUGGCAACUCCAAAUUGAUGAAUGUUCUGCUGAUUAGAAGUUUGGCAGGCAUCGGUGAGGUUUUCAAGAUUCUGUGCUCAAAAUCAAAAGUCCUAGUCCUGCUUUCUUGGGCUAAUCAGAGUAGUUGCCGUGCCUCUACCAGUAUCUGCAGUCUGCUGAUCACUCAGUUGUAGAGUAGAAUUAACCAUUUCGAGCACAGUUACCGGUCGGAUGCCAAUUCUUCAAGGUAAGGCGGAUGCAUUAGCCAAGCAUCGAUCAGUUCACUUCCAUCAGUGGGUAUACUCAAAGACGGUAUAAUAUUGGGGACAUUUGGGGACAUAAAUACACUCAAGCAACGCCAGUCCGCCAGACAGAGGAUAAGUGGGAGUUCUGAGUGAGGCUCGAGCUGCUGGCUGCAGAUGACUUUCACCCCACGGCAUCUGAGCAGGAAACGCUGGAUGGCCGCACCAUGCCGGUGUUUCCAUAUAUUCCAGAUGCAGAUCAGGAGGAAAGUUCAGCCUCUUUCUGGCUACACCCCAGAUUCAUAGAAAUAUUUGCUGGUUUCUUAAUAUGACAUCUCAUAUUUGGUAAAUAGUGACAACUUCAGAAAGACUUGGUGGGUGACCGCAGUGAAUAGCGGUCAUCCGAUCCCCACGGCGUUCUUCGUGGUGAACACCGCAGCACAAGAUGCGGGUCAGGUUUGGAGAUCCGGUGCACCUAUGAUACCUGAAAGACUAGAAUCUUGACAUUUUGUCUUCCGGAACUGAGUUCAGCUUUGACGGUUUGUUGUGUAACUGGGCCACUGUUCAAAUCUGACUGUAGCUUGUUGUCUGAAUAAGUCAGCAGGAGCAUAGUCUGCACCAGAAGAUUUGGCAAAUAACUGAGAAAUUCUGCAGAAGCUCCUCAGCGAGAAAAGGAGCCUGGACUGGGAAUACACAGUACAAGAUUUGUUGGGCCAGCGCUGCGCUCUGUUCCAGGGAUACUACACUGGGAUGUCAAGUGCAAGAACAUACUGCUCGAUUCGAAGUAUGAGGCAUACUUGGCUGAUUUUCGGCUGGCCAAGCUAAUGAACUGUCCCAAGUCCCAACUAUAUCAUGCCAUGUUGCGUAUCGCUGGUUCUUAUGUGUACACACUGCUCCA